AUUUAUUUCAAAGUUUGUGCUAUAAAUAGCCUCCUAACAUUGCACUCUUUCGUUGUCCACCGCGUUUAUUUCCCAUCCUCCUUUCUUAUUAUAGCGAAGAAAUAAAUAGAAAACUGCUCAAAGUAACUUCCACAUUCUCGUGUAGGGAGAUCUGAUCCUUAUAACAAAAUGGAGCACGAAGACAGCUACCAGCGAGUUUCAGAGCCAAAAUACGAGUGCCUUCUCUUUGAUGUUGAUGAUACACUUUAUCCACAGAGCUCUGGUAUUUCAGCACAAUGCACGAAGAAUAUCAUUGAUUAUAUGAUUGAAAAGCUUGGCAUAGACGAGACUAAAGUUCCGGAAAUGUGUAUAAGCUUAUAUAAGGAGUAUGGAACAACCAUGGCUGGUCUCAGGGCCAUUGGUUACGACUUUGAUUAUGAUGACUACCAUAGUUUUGUACAUGGGAGAUUACCUUAUGAACUUUUAAAGCAUGACUAUGUUUUGAGGAAUCUUUUGCAUAGCUUGCCUGUUCGAAAAGUUAUAUUUUCAAAUGCAAAUGAAGCCCAUGUGGCGAAAGUUCUUAGCAGGCUGGGAUUAGAGGACUGUUUUGAUGAUAUCAUAUGCUUUGAGACUUUGAAUCCUACUAACAGUAACAAUGCUGAAUCCCCUAGGAGUCUUAUUGUUUGCAAACCCUUCGAAGAAGCCUAUGAACAAGCCUUUAAGAUAGCCAAUAUUAACCCUCAAAAGACGCUUUUCUUUGAUGACUCUGUCCGUAACCUUCAGACUGCUAAGCUAAUGGGCCUUCAUACUGUUUGGGUGGGUGCCUCACAUAGAACACAAGGUAUAGAUAAUUCGCUAGAGAGUAUUCAUAACAUGAAGGAAGCAUUACCGGAGUUAUGGGAAGAUGUUAAACCAGACAUUCGCUACUCAGAAAAGACUGCAAUUGAAGUCAGAGUUUAGUUGUGUUAUCUCGCAAUAAAGACAACCAUAUAGUAGUAUUUAUUUAAAUUUUUAUUUUCUAGUUCCUUUUUUUUUUUCCGCCUGUAAACCUGAAUAAUAGUUGUUUCAUUGAUUUCACAGUCCCUAGCUGUAUUAUUAUUGCUUAGUGGACGUGAAAUCUCUCAUGUGACUAUAGUUGUAAAAACUUCUCCCUAGAAGCAACUUUUGGCAUGAAUAUUAAGUAUUUGGUUGUGAAAUGACUUUCAAUCCAACCAACUUUCAUCUUCAA